GGGCAGCUGCUCAACGAGAACGAGUCGAAGAGGAAGAGAUGCAUGGACGAGAGGGAGAUUCAACUAAACAAGAGACGAGGAGCCGAGAUGCACAACGGGAACGAGUCGAAGAGAAAGUGACAAGGGGUAACAGGGAGGUCCGUAGAAAAGAGAAAUAAAAAUUCAAAAAAAAUCGGGACCAAAGGCCGGAUCGGCUCUCAUGGGAGAGAACAAGAGAAGGAUGGACACUAGAUCGGAUGGACGGGAGGUUCUGGUGCGGUAUAAACUUCCAGUGGUGGUGAUUGUCAUGAAUAAUGGGGGAGUGUAUGGAGGGGAUCGGAGACCAGCGUCGGAGAAAGCCAACGCGUUCGCGUCUGAUCCUGCACCGACAGCAUUCGUGCCGAACAUCAAGUAUGAGAUGUUGAUGGGCGCGUUCGGCGGAAAAGGAUACGUCGCAUCGACUGUAGACGAGCUGGCCAAGGUUUGCAAAGACGCCUUUGCUGCCCGGGAACCCGCUCUCAUAAAUGUGAUCAUUGACCCGUUUGCUGGGACCGAGAGCGGCCAACUUCAUGGCAUGAAUUAAUUGCCAUUUUCAGGAAUGAUACAUGGAAUUCUGGAUAAUAAAGCUGAAUCUGAUGAUGAUCAUGAUAGUAAGCGUAGGAGAGGUUAUGCAGUCUCACCUGUCUGGUCCCUGGCAUGCCUGUGUGGGCCCCACCAUGAUGUCGACUACGAGGGAAUACCAAGAGCAGUGAGAGGACAGUAUGAAAGCAGUGGGCAGCAGAUUCGCGACAGAUUUAGGACAGAAAUAGGGAGAACGAAGACGCACCGCAAGUUAACACCACCUUGGGACACAGUUUCAAACCGACUUGGGCCCAACUCUGGGACCAACUUUAGAGUCAACAUUGGAACCGA